AUCUCAGCAACAUGGCGACACCUACCAAGAGAGCUAGAAUACAAGAGCCAGAGCAACAGACUAUCACAUCAGCCUCUGAGAUCAACGCGCGGAACUGCCAUCUGGGCAAACUACCCCUAGAACUAUUGGCCGAUGUCCUUUCAUACAUGCCCUCGACACGGGAUGUGCUCGCUCUAGCGCGGACAAGCAAACAAUUCUGCUCUAUACUGGUCAACAACCCCGCCACUGUGUUCAUCUGGCGGCAUGCGCGGGCGCGCUGCGUGCUCGGCGCCAUCCCCGAACUCCUUCCCGGGAUGGGCGAAGCAACCUACGCUGCAUUCCUAUUCGACUCCGGUAUCUGCCAGGCUUGCGGCAAGAGGUCGCAAGCCCUUUACUAUUCAUUCUCAUUGCGCGUGCGCCUAUGCGAAGACACGAGGAAAUGUUUACCUGCUUGGCAGUCCUCGCAUCUACAUGAGGUCACACAGGAAGACGAAGUAGAGUUUUCCGACAUCAUUCAGUGGAUUCCCCGCAUGGAGAGAAAUGAAGAACCUUAUCAAGGCAAGGUCUACGUUCGUACAGAUACCUGGAAUGAGGCGAUCGACGAGCGCAAGAGAGCAUACUUGUUGGGGCAGGACGCUAUUUCUGCCUACGUGGAGACAAAGCAGGUCCUCGCAGACGCUCUGCCGGGGAAGAUGGAGAUCUACAAAAAGCUCAUCCAGUGGCGCGAUAUACGUCAGAACACGAGAGCGCUUCACACACAAAUCGGGUUGGCCACCGCAAAGCUCCACGCCGGCAUGAUCCAAUGCUCGAAGUGGGAGAUUCUGCAAUCGCCGACAUACAGUGGCAUUCAUUACGCCAAGCUCCGUUGCUUCGAAAAGUGGACCGAACCACAGUUUGAGGCGAUCAAAGAGGUCGUGAUCGCCGAAAUCGCAACGCUGAAGAAGCGGAAAGUUGUCCGUGAACAAGACCUCACGCUACAUCGAAAGCGUUCCGAAUCGGAGACCGAGUACGCUCGCCUCAGGAAGGCAGAUCCGAAGGCCAUCUUCCCCAGCUUCCCCGAGUUCCGCAAACUCUCCGUGGUCAAGACCGUCGAAGCGUCCUCGAGCGCGAAGAACGCGAGCUUCACAGACCCGUUCGUAGCCUCACUUCUGAAGGAAAGCCUCGAUCAGUGGCGCGAUGCCGCUCGGGCCGCGCUCGCGGUGGUGCUGGGCUUUACCGGAUGGAAGACCAUGAGCAAGAAGAAGCUGCACCCCGUGGACCGCAUGACCGCCCAUUUCCGGUGCAAGAGGUGCGAUGCCGCCGGCAAGGACACCGGGAAGGACGGCGGCCUGGUCCUCGCGCGUGCUUGCGAACACAUCUGCGCCCUGAGCAAGAAGGCUCGCAAUAAGCAGCGGUGGAGCGCGGACUACUUCGUCUCUGAUCAGCGGGCUGUCGACGCGGUCUCUCAGGUACUCGAGCUGUGCGGCACUAAGCCCGAGAGCGUGGAUUCUUUCACGAUCGCCGAUAGCGUUGGCGAUCGGAUCCAGUGCACCUCCUGCUUGCUCAACAUGGACGCGCGGAGUGUGGGACGCCAUUGUAAACGCCACGAGGAGUGCGCCUUCACCUUGCUGCCUGAAACCAGUGUUUCUGGCGAGCGACUCCUCCAGCAUGGACUUACCGCGAAGCUCAUGGCGCACACCACCGAGGCGGCCUCGCAGAGAGAUGAAAAGGCCUAUGGUUGUCGGCAUUGCAGGCCUGCCCUCACAAGCGACCAGGAGCCCGCAACGCAGAUUCAGUUCAUCCCUAAGCUGAUGAUCUUCAACGGACUCCGCUCCCACUUGAAGGAGAAACACGGAGUCGAUUGGGUUGCGGAUGAGGACUUCUUCAUCCAGAAGAACUCGGCUACGCCUAACGGCGACCGCACGUAACGCCACUGCUUCAUAUCUGGGUUCCAUUUCAAGCCACUGCUGGUAUCUCCCCUUUAUCUCUACUUGUAUCAUACGUCUUGUGCUUUCCGUCGACGUAACGCGCUCCCCUGAGGGGUGCAUAACAGGGCCGAACCUCUCACGGUUGCAAUGCUAUUAUGCUGCUUUCAGAUAGCGC